GCGUCGUAACAUUUCGAUUCGCGAAGAAGAGGGAAGAAAUAGAAGAGAGAGAGAGAGAGAGAGAGAUGGGGAGUUGGAGGCGCAUUUGGGAGGACGAUGGAUGUGCGAGGAGUAGCAGCAACGCUGCAGAUCGGCACAGGGCGGUGAUGGAGCUCGACACCGAUGGCGUCUUCGUCAAUGAUGAUCCGCUGAGGAGGAUCAGAGUGGAGGCGUCUGGUAAUGGGAGGCAAGAUCGGCCGGUUACCAAGAAGAUCACGCUGGUUACCAAGCGCAAGGCUGAAAUUACCGUUUCCUCUUCCCCAGGUAGGUUUGUUCCUCUCUCGCCACGCCACGAUUCAGCCCAUGGGGUGUGCUCUCUGUCUCUCUCUCUUCUGCAAUAUGUUGACAUCACCUCUUACAUUGAUUUUUUGUUUUCUUUCGAGACAUUGAGUUUUCCCUCUUGAUUUGCAGGAUCUGGAGAUCAAAUUGCGCUUAGCGCUGCUGAUAUGAUGGGUAUUUGCUCCUGUUAGACACAGCAUAGCUAUUGAUCUUGUAUAUAAAAAUAGUGGAUUGCUUGGUGAUAGAUUUUUUAUUCAUUAGUGUCAACUUCAUCAAAUGAAGAAUAAUUAAUUUACUUCUUAA